AUGGAGGUAGUGGAGAAAGAAAUACUUAAAUUGUUGGAUGUAGGGAUUAUUUAUGCCAUAUCAGAUAGCCCAUGGGUAAAUCCAGUACAGAUCGCAGUUGCACUAGAGGACGAGGAGAAAACCACCUUCACGUGCCUGUGUGAAACCUUCACAUACAGACGAAUGCCAUUCAGGUUGUGUAACGUCCCUACUACAUUCCAGAGAUGUAUGGACAUGACAUUUGAGUUCAAUGAAGAUUGCAAGGAGGCAUUCGAUAAAUUGAAGAAUCUUCCAUUUGAGAUCAUGUGUGACGCCAGUGACCAUGCAGUGGGAGCAGUGUUGGGACAGAGAGUAGGAAAAGUAGCCCAUGACAUCUACUAUGCAUCAAGGGUUUUGAAUGGAGUUCAAUUAAAUUACUCCACCAUAGAAAAGGAGCUUUUAGCAGUUGUCUUUGCUUUAGAGAAAUUUGGCUCUGAGAUACCUGAUGACGAAAAAAAUGCAAAACCAAGGCUAAUAAGAUGGAUAUUGCUCCUACAAGAAUUCGACCUGGAGAUCAGGGAUAAAAGAGGAUCGGAGAAUUUGGUUGCUGACCAUCUAAGUUGCAUACCGAUUGAAGAGGAGAAUGUGCCAUUGAGGGAUACUUUCUUCGAUGAACAAUUAUUUUUCCUAAAUUCUAAAUUGCCUUGGUAUGCUGAUUUAGUCAAUUACCUAGUAACUAGCAAAAUACCUGCAGGUUGGCCUAAAGCGAAGAUAGACAAGCUUAGGAGUGAUGCCAAAUAUUUCAUAUGGGAUGACUUGUACCUAUGGAAAGGUCUCUUUGAACUAAAAAGCACGACUCGUAGGGUGCUAGACGGCGGGUUCUAUUGGCCUUCACUGUUUAAAAAUGUCUACACAUUCUUUAAAGCCACCCGUACUAACAAUUCGAGAGUGGUCUCAGAUUUUGUCAAGUCUAAUAUUUUUGUGCAUUUUGGAAUGUCAAGGGCCAUUGUUAGUGACAGGGGGACACACUUCUGUAACAAAACGAUAGUGGCACCAUUCCGAAAGUAUGGUGUCCUUUACAAGGUCUCUACGUCAUAUCACCCUCAGACAAAUGGCUAA